UAUGUGUAAAAAAUGUAGAGAAGUAGCAUGUAGCUUAUUCAUUUAUGGCGUGUGUGUGUGUGUGUGUGUGCAAUUAUAUGUAGUUAUUAAGAACAGGAUUCUGUUUUUUUUUUUUUCGUGCGACGUGACCGGGUGGGUGUGAGUUUGUUCACGCUUUCCUAUUGUUCGGAAGAAGAAUGGCUUGUGGUUUUGGGCAUGUGCGCGCGUGUUUGCAUACAUGUGUGGGCGUGUCCCCUAUAACCUGGGGUAGCCUCGGAAGAAGAAAAGGCUUGUGGUAGUGUGCGCAUAUGCCCCAAAUAACCCCGGGUAGCUUAGUCAGUCCCCUAACGUUGCGAGAGGAGCAUCAUGGAGGAAGUCUUCGCCGUCAUGAACUUACAACAACAACAACAACAACAACAGCCCCACGCUGCCGCUGCAACUCUUCAUGCUGACGAUGUUGACGAUCAGAUCAUGGGUCAAGCCGCAUUAGAAGUUGAAGCCAUGGAUAACACAUCCCAAGCUGAAGCCGUGGAUAACACAUCACAUCCCAGAAACGGAGCGGAUGUUGGUGGUGGUGAGGUGGGGGAUGUUCCAGAAACUCCCAAGUCUACCGGUGAACACAUCACGGGCGAGUCAUUGGGCAACAACAACCGCGGCGCGUUGGGAGGUGUCGGUAAAAUGGGGCGGCGCGUGCUGAGGAAGGACUGCGACUUGAAGUAUCUCCAGCAGCAGGGCGUAGCCAGCAGCAGGAGACGCACCAGAGGCGACAAAGAUCGCGACCGGGACAAGAACGGCGGCGAAGAAUGA